AUGGAGAAGGCCAAAAAGCUCAAUUUGGCGGACGAUCGCGGCAAUUGGAGAAUCCUCAAAUGGGAUCCAGUCAAAAUGGAACUGCAAGUGGACGAGAGCCAGUCGGCGGCGAGCACGGACGACUUGCUCAAGCAGACAGUAGAAAUGCGGAAGGGCGUGUGCGAGGAGGCGCUGCAUCGCUUUCGGAAUUACAAGAAGAUGACGGAUCAGCCUAUAUCGGAAUGGAUCCAGUUCCGCAUGGAGAUCUCGUUGAGGCCGCUGGACGACCCUGUCUGGUCCACCCUCCAGAAGUGGAUCGGUCAGUCGGCGUGGCACCUGCUAGGAUGCAGAUUGUGGAAGGAGCGACCACAAUUCAACACCCUGGUGGACCAAAUACGCCAAGGUAGCUCGCCUUUUGCCUUGGAGGAUGCUGCUUGGGCAGUGGCCACAGCUCAAUCG